GUGGUAAAACACAAAAAUGGCAGCUUCCAUGAUGUUUGAGUUCGGGAAAGCAAGGAACGAUUUUAAGGUUCUGGUGGAGAAGACUAUCAAGAACCAAACAGCAGAUAAAUAUGUGGCAGAUUUUCGUUCCUACAGUGGUGGUGAUACGGAGAAGAAACUGGCGAUGGAUCAAGCCUUAAGAGAUGUGAUGCACACAUCUGUGACCAGUCGUCCAGACUAUGAAAUGUGUCGGUCAGUUAUCAAUGCUGCUAUAGAACUAGCCACUCAAGAGGCUUGUGCACCAUCCACGCCGUUCCUGUUGUUGUCCGAUGUGUUUGACAUCAUCACUCUGAGUCAGUGUGAGGAACUCUUUUGUCUUGUGGAGGAUAGAUUAAGUACCUGGAAGUCGGAAACAUUUUAUACUGCCGGAAAAAACUACUUACUUAGGAUGUGUAAUGAUCUUCUCCGCAGACUCUCUAAAUCUCAGAAUACUGUCUUUUGUGGACGUAUACAGCUGUUUCUUUCCCGACUGUUUCCUUUAUCAGAAAAAUCAGCGUUAAAUCUUAUGAGUCAGUUCAACCUGGAGAAUGUUACAACGUACACAACAAAAGCUGACAGAUUUGAGACAGAGUUAAAGGGAGACGGAAUGGAAGUAGAAGAGGGAGAAACAGAGGACCAUCCAAAACCUGUUGACUACAAUUUGUACAGGAGAUUCUGGGCAUUACAAGAUUUCUUCAGAAAACCAACACAGUGCUACGAAAAAGUUCCAUGGAAAAUGUUUCAAAUGAAUUCCGAUGAAGUACUUAAUGCCUUCAACAGUGCUAAGCUGGACGAUAUGAAAUCUUCACGUAAGAAACUUGCCAUGCCUCGGCCUGCCGACACACCUGCCUUCUUUGCGAAGUACCUGACCAGUGAAAAGCUAAUGGAUCUGCAGCUAAACGACAGUAACUUCCGUAGAUACGUCCUCGUCCAGUUCCUCAUCCUGUUCCAGUACCUAAAUUCACAGGUGAAGUUUAAAGGAAGUAAUCAGACAUUGACUGAUGAGCAGAGUCAGUGGGUUAAGAACACGCAGGAGAAGGUUUACCAACUGAUCAGAGAGACGCCACCAGAGGGAGAACAGUUUGCAAGUAAUGUAGAGCACAUUUUGUCGAGGGAGGAAUACUGGAACGAAUGGAAAAAUGAUGGCUGCCCUAGUUACGAGAGAGAGAAAAGCACAGACAGCAAACAGAGAACAAAGGCGAAGCGACGGUGGGUUGGAGACGAUCUUCAGGCCAGCGGCGGAAAAAUCAUAAAGAUGGGGAGUUCUGAGCUAACACGUUUGUGGAAUAUCAAUCCCAACAACAUGGGAGCAUGUCGGGCCGAAAAAAGAUUAUUUUUACCAACGUUGGAAGAUUAUUUUGCUGAGGCAAUGGAUCAGGCAGACCCAGAAGCCAUGGUAGAAGAUGAAUAUAAAAUGAUCAACGAGCAGAUUUUCCAAUGGAAGUCGCUACGCUUAUUAGCACGACGAAGUCCCCACUUUUUCACACACACCAACAAGCCUGCAAUCCCGUUGUCAGAAUAUCUAGAAGCCAUGCUCAACAAGAUCGCCAAGGAAAUCCCACAAACAGCCAAUAAUGAAGAAAUGAAAACCGAGAUCGGCGAGGAGGAGGAAGCGAUACAGGAACGACAGGAGAUGGAAGAACAAAAUGAUGAACAAGGCAAAGAAAACACAGAGGACAACCUAACACCGCCCAUGCUGGAUCAGCUGGCUGCCAUACUGAAGGGAGAGUGGAAGAAAUUAGCAACUGAACUCAACUUCCCAGAGGACGAUAUAUCGUACUUUGAGACCGAAUCAAGUGAUGAAAAACAGCAGGCUUUAAAAAUGCUUACUGUAUGGCAUGGUAAUGAAGGUGACCGUGCUACAGUUGGGACACUGAAGAUCGCCCUGAAGGAGGUCGGACUCACAGAUGCUAUACAGUCCGUGUUCGGCAAAUCUUGACCUCAAACUUUACUGCAGUGUGUAGUUGUGAUAGGGACAAUUUUUCUUCUGUUCAAACAAUGUUGUUACCAGAGUGUCUAGGUAUGCAGAAACCACACAGAAUUGCUUCAAAUGAUCUGAAGGAAGACUGUUGGUGUUCUGUAGAUUCAUGAAAUGAUUUACAGUAGAAUCCUGAAGAUGGUGUUCUGUAGAUUCAUGGAAUGAUUUACAGUAGAAUCCUGAAGAUGUCUGUGUUACAGUGAUGUUCUGUAUUUUUUCAGAAUUUCUGAAUGAUAGAAACUUGUGGUUCCGUUGCAAGAACUUGAAAAAAAAAUUCUGGUUUCAAGUUUAGGGCUUAAAAUUCUUUAAGACUGUUUGCCUGUAAGACAAUUAUAAACUCUGGUUUAAGAUAUGAAAUUCUGCAGGAAUUCAUUAAGUUACAUUAACAUUUCAGCAAGAUUAAUGAUGUUCAUUGUGCGAGUGUGUGUUUAAUGAUGAGUGAUAACAAUUGUCCACGUACAAUAUGGUUUGUAUGAUUCGUGAAUGAUUAAUAGGUGCUAUGAAUUGAACUUUUUGUGUGAAUGACUCGUUUGGAUGAAAGUUUUUAUUGAUGACUACAAGAUGUGAAAGUGACUCGCUCACAAGGAAGAAAAUGGAUGUGACUUUAAUGAAUUAUUGCAGAAGUUGAUCUAGUUGAAAACUUUCCUGACAAAAGUUAUUGGACCAUGACAACAUGAUUUUGUGACCGUGAUGAAGACUCUGUAUGGUAUUAAGUGUUGCUAGUGCUAGGUGGUAUAGGUUACGAGGUGUACAUGUUAAUUAGCACUUGUUGUGAAACGUAAGUCUGUAAAGUAGGACAAAUUUGUGGAUGUGAUCUUUGUAUAUGUUACCUCAUACUUCAUACCUACAGAACUGGUGUUCAUUUGUCAUGUUUUAUUAAUAUCAGUCAUAGAAAAUGAAAAGAAUUUUUUUUAGAAAUCUGUUUUGUUCGUUAUUUAUAUGUGUUUAAUACUGUUAGUUAUUGUUACUUGGGAAAUGGCGGAAUAAAGUGGCAGCGAAGA